AUGUCCAAGGACCUUCAACAUCACAUCCAAGCCGGCGCCUUCCUUCUCGAAUCUCCAUCAUCACCAUCACCAUCGUCAAGUUUACUGAAUCCUGAUGAUAAUGCUUCGGUGGAAGAGAUCAAACAGGUGACAGCGGAGGAGGCGCUUUCUGUCGUCGGAUGCGUUCAGCGAAUAAUAGAUGGACAGGAUGGUGAAGAAGACGUUCCGCUCAUUGGGACACGCGAUAUAGCCCAAUUACGCACUCUCCUUUCCAUUGUGUUUAAAUGGGGCGUGGAACCGCUCUUAUCAAAUAUCAUCGUCGCAUUACCCACACCCUCGUCAUCGAAAAAGGUUCAAAUCGCCGUUGAACAUACAUUGAAAGACUACGAGCACCUCUGCCAGCUGAUCAAUGAGAUUUUCGCCCUCCUGUUUCCUUCUGGUCUGCAAAGUCGCCUACCACAAACGCUGAUUACUACGACAGUGCUGAAUAGGCAUGUUACGGACAUUUUGAAGCCCGCGAUAGUGCUUGGGUGGCUUCCAAAAUCUUUGGCAACAGAAUACAUAUUACCUCUUGAUGGCAUCCGGCCUUUAGUUAUUCGUCUUUUGUCCAUUUUACAUCCAUCGCAAAGUAUCACUGCCCUUGGAGGCGUCAUUUCAUCUCUCUCCCUUGGGCCAGCAUUUGCUCAACGUACCUGUUCCGUGCUUCUCAGUAAGCAAGUGAUGCGUACACAAGGCGUGAACGGAUUAUGCGCCGCCGUAUUCGGAGACUCCGAGGAGGCCGGAGAAGAAGUACGUCUGGACAAACUCGAGCAUGUAGCAAAGGUCCUGACGGCAGUGCCGAAAGGAAUGGAGCCGAAGGACUACUAUAGUGCCACUGUGCCGCGCAUUCUUGCGCUUCUCUACCAUGAAGCACCUGCGUCCUAUAAGCGCGCGGCAGCUUUUACCAUCUCUAGGAUGCUAGCGACGGAUGGGUCCUCUUCACACCAUGAAAUUGCAAGAGGUAUUAUCAUGCCCUUACUUCACGGCUCUUUGUUGCACGUGUCCACACUCUCCGACGAACCAACGGGCUUAAUACAGCCCAUCAAUCCACCUUCACAGCCCGGUCCUAGCGUCUCUUCGUCGGAAUUAAGCCCUAACACAGCGUUGACCGCCCUAUCUACUCUCAUAACGAACACCGAUCCAGUGCCAACGCUCAUCGCCACACUACUUUCCCCAGUUAUACCUUCUCUUUACUCUCUGCUGGAGCAUCUGGAACAUGUUCGCACUUCGGACCCCACUACUCGUGAAACUGUUCGCGGUAUGCUAGAAACAUGGGGUCGCGUUGUUGAGAAGGAGGAGGGAACGCGGAUCAUUUGGAGCAUUGUACAGAACGAAGGUGGCGAGAUUGGUUGGAAGGUGGAUUUGGAAGGACUGAUCUACCAAGUCGGCAAAGAAAAAAAUUUGGGGCUUGCGAUGUUCACUCCAGAAGAUCUUGAAAAGGCUGAGCAAGCAGGAGAACUUGAUCCGGAUGCCAACAUCAUGGAUCUAUACCCGGAUCCACGACGGUUCGUUUCAUUCUUGAAAAAACUCGACAGAAGAGACGUCAGCGGAGAGUUGUUUGUUAGACUUCUGGAGGCAUAUAGGGAUUCUCGAGCAAACGAUGGCCCAAUGAGGACGUUGCUAUACCUGCAACUCAUCAUGCAGAUCCAAAUGAAAAUGUCUGAUGGAGAUGGGAAGGAGAAUAUAUUAAAGGAUCCGGGCCAUAUUUUGGUGUUUGUAAAGCAUGCCUUGGAGGCGCGCGUUCAGUCAAACUUCGCAGUUCUUGAAGAAACAAAAGAUCCUCUAAAGUUUAUACACACUCAAGAAGACCUUGGGAAAGAAGACAGCGACGACGAGGACACCCCGGAGUACGACGAGAUGACAGAAACAAGCAUCAAUCUUCUGUUGUCAAUAUUUGAGUCAAACCCGACUCUUUCAGCACGAACGGAACCCGUCUUAAACGAGAUUUUCGAGCUUCUCGAACCUCUCGCGAAAGACGGACCAGAGGGGAUCAAGCCGAUUGCUAGGGAAGCCAGGAUGGUUAUGACUGCUCGACUUGCAUCUACGUCUACUGCCGUUCCCAGUAAAGGCAAAACGAAAGACGACGCUGAGGAGGCGCGAGAGACGUAUCAGCGUGCACUCAAACUCCUACAGGAUCCCAUCCUACCUGUACGUGCUCAUGGACUAUUGCUUCUCCGAGAACUGGCGAAGGGAGGGAAGAUGGAAGAGGCGUUGAUACCAGCAGUGCUGGCAAUCUUCUUGCAAGCACUACAAGACGAAGACUCGGUCUGGCUGGGAUGGUCGAGGGCGGGAGAUGGGAGCAGAGAAGUCCUCCGAGGGAUAGUCGGUGACUACGCUAAAGGAACAUCCGGAGGGUAUGUGUGGAGUCGUGGCGAGGUGGACACAAGGGUCAGGAUCGGGGAGGCCUUGGGUAUGGUCAUAAGACGCUGCGGUAGCGCGUUGGGCGCGUAUGUGGACAUCAUCGUGCCAACCCUUCUGCACGUCGUCCGUAUGCGUGAAAUACCUACGACGCUGCGUACAUCAGCUAUUAGUUUACUGGGCGAGUGCGCCGCCACACAUGCUUUAGCACUUGCAUCAUACUUUCAAGAUCUUGUGGGCGGAAUGGUUGAUCUGCUUCAAUUGGAAAGUGUACAGACGGAGGAAGAGGAUAGAGAGAAAAGUAUGGAUGAGAAUCCCACCAAGGCCGAUAGUAAAUUUCCGCCGAUGAGACGGGCGGCAGUGAGGUUCUUGGGUGUCCUUGUGAGGGAAGCAACUAAGGCUGUCUAUAACGAUGAGGAUGUCGGGUAUGAAAGGCGGUUAUGGCAGGCGGGUGUCCUGAGGAGAGCCAAAGUAACGCUUGGGUAUCUCGCUGCGACUGACGGAGAUGGGGUUGUUAGAGUUAUGGCAAGAGAGGUCGGAGAGCAACUGCAACAAUUGGAAGAGGCAUUUGUGGAGCUCCGGAACAGGGAGACGUAUGAAUUCACCGAGGGAUAGAGUGAGAGGUGGAGAUGCUUGACUUGCUAAUAUUGGUGUUGGAAUGUUUUCAAGGAGAUUUGUCAAUCUUCGUUAGCGCCGUUCUGUGGCGGCCCGGCUGACCGCUGGGUGUCCCAAUUUGGGUAUCACCGCCUGGAGAAUCCGUCAACGUCAUACCCAGGUCCUAAGGGUAAAAGCCCCAGUGGAUCAAGGACUGCUGUGCCUGAGCAUACUUUUGUUACACUUAACAGAUACUUACGUUGAACUUUCGUACUUUUACCCAGUACACGUGUGGAGAUAGACGGA